GAGAAGAGAAGCAGCAGCAGGAGACGGAGCAGCCUCCUGUCGUCUCAAAUGACAAAACUCUCAUCCCCCCUCUCUCCAACUCCUCUGAAACAACUCUCAACCUCCCUGUCUCCUUCGCCGUAACCCCGUCUUCCUUUUUUCAGUUGCACCAAUUUUUUUUUUCAUUUCUUUCUACUUUGUCUAACCCCUCCGCACCGCUCAACACCCCCAGAGAUGUGACUAGAUUAUGAGGACCCCCUGCCAGCGGUGACUUGUCUCCUCCGUGCUUCAGAGAACCGAACAUCCUCAUCUUCCACCCCCAAUUUUUUGGACGUUCAUCUGCCUUUUAAUAAUGUAGGAGAAGGUGCACUGUCAUUUCAGCGACGAGGAUGCCAACUACAUGCCUUGUUUUUGCUACCCGCACCUUAAAUCUUUGUCUUUACAGCCGGUGGGGAUAUGAAAGAUUUCCGUGAAGGCAAAGUUUGAGGGUACCUCUGUCGGUUUCCCGCUCACCUGUCCUCCUGCACGCGCGAUCCCCUCUCCGUUUAACUGAUAACGAGGGAGAUUAUCGCCAAAAGAACAAUUGACAAGCAACUUCAAAGAGACCUGACUAUUGUUCUGGUGAUUUGAGUGGGAUUUGGCAGCGUUGUUGGAGGAAUUUGAUGUGCGCAACGUUGAAGGAUAUGGCUUAAAUAAUGGUUGCGUUACUGACAGCGGGAGUAAGGUCCGUCACUUGAGUGUUUUUAUCAGCUAUUGUCGACUUUGGAGGAAACCCAUCUAAAUGGGAGGAUACCUGGAGGACUGAGUAGGAUUCGGCAGUCGAAAAAAUGUGGAUAAAACGGAGUGUUGCGCGCAGUCCGUCUGCUUUGAGGCCAGGCAGCUGUGUGGGGCACCGGGUGUGGCUCCUGCUGGCCAUGACCCACCUCACCCUGGACUUCUCUGUGUGCAGCCCCCUCAAUCAGGGUAUGGGGGUCAAACUCACGCCUAAAUCGGUGCCUCGCUCUCGACCUCGCUGGCAGCCGCUCUGGGACAUGCCCAACAAGCUUCACUGGAGAACAGUGAGCCCGUUGGCCCGCCGCCUCCUCAACCCUAUCCUUCCACCACAAGACAACAGGGCAGGGAUAUGGCCAAAAGUCAAGGGUCAAAAACAUCGGAAGCCAGCACAUAAGGGACAAGCAGCGUGUAAGGAGUGCCGGUUGAGUUACUCUCAAAUUGAGACAGGUGAUCCUUUAGCUGUAAUAGCGGAAGCUCCAGCAGCUUUAUCCAGAGGGAGCAGAGGAGACUCAGUGAGGUUAUUACUUAGAGCCAGAAGGCAGCUCAAAUGGGACAGCUAUGACAAGUCUCAGGAGGGCCGGACUACCACAGUGGCCGGAUUUAUCGACUGGGGACCCACAGGGACAGAUAGCAUAGACGACGACGGCAAACCGGAGCCCAACAUAACGCUGUCCACCAAGGUCUCAACUACCACAGUGGCCACAACUACUAGCACUACUACCGGGCUCUCCCAAAGGACGUUCACUGUGGUGACCACACCAGAGCCCAAGAGGCUAAGCACCACCAAGGCCACUGGCGGUUUCGGGGAGACUGUCAAACCACCAAAGCCAUAUGGGGAAACACCAGGUUUGGCAGUCCACCAGAUAAUCACAAUCACUGUGUCUCUCAUUAUGGUUAUCGCAGCCUUGAUUACAACACUUGUCCUUAAAAACUGCUGUGCGCAGUCGGGAAAUGGCCGCCACAAUAGCCAUCAGCGCAAGAUCCACCAGCAGGAAGAAAGCUGCCAAAACCUGACAGACUUCACCCCAGCCCGGGUGCCCAGCAAGGUGGACAUAUUCACUGCCUACAAUGACAGCCUGCAGUGCUCACAUGAGUGCGUUCGGACUGCCGUGCCCAUCUACACUGAUGAGAUGAUCCAGCAGACGCCUGUCUACAAGACUGCUUACAACGGAAACAGGCCUUCCCCCACUGAACGUCAACUGAUACCUGUGGCCUUUGUGUCAGAGAAAUGGUUCGAGAUCUCUUGUUGACAAGCUGAAGGCCUUGUUCACUUCCUGUGGGUGAAAGAGACUUCCUGAAUUCAAGCUCUGGAUCCAGUUGGAAACAAGAAACACACAAAACAGCUUUUUUGUAAAAUAGUGUGAUCACUCUUUGGACACUGGUGAAGAUAUUUAUUUUUCUAGAGAUCACAAGCAGAGCAGCCACAAUGCUGCCACUCCAUAUUUCCAGAAACGUUCAGUCAUUUAGAUAUAGAUUAUAUAUAGGUAUAUUUACAGGAUGUGUGGGACAAGACUGUGGACGUCACAGAUGUCUCAAGGAAAACAUUUGACAUUUGAAAAGAAAUGAACCCAAGGAGCUGCUGUGGGUGAAGGAUGAACUGUAUUUCUGAACAAUGUGCCAAUAAUGCCACUAUGUGCCACAACCUGGAUUAAAGGAAGUUUCAACAACUGAUGGACUAAACAAAGAGCGCUAUAUUAACCCUGUAUCGACUUCAACUACAUUGUUUCUUUUUGUUUUUUUAAAGAAAUGUGAAAGAUAAAAAAAAAAAUGCUACAAAUGUAUUUGAAUAUGUUUUGAAAUAGUUUUAAGAAAUGUGUUGCAAAAGAGUCUAAAAGAUAUUUAUAUGAAGCACUAUUGUAUUAGUUUGGGAAGAGAGAAGCUGGAUAAAAACAAACGGUAUAUGCUUUAGUGAACAGUUGAUUUUAAAACAUUGUUUCUAUAGGUCCCAUUUUAAACAGAAUAAUUAUGUCUAUUUUUUUACACAGUAUAGUCUGCCACAGCCCAAACAGUGGAGGUCCGAAGCUCUUGGGAUUCAGCACUGUUAAUUAAAAACUCCCACCUGAGCCGAGAUUAUAACAAAGAAAACCGUCUGAAUACACCUGGUGCAAGCCAAACCACCGCCUGCACCAAUUGCUUAUUGGGUAAGAUUUGUACCUGAUUUGGCUUCAUGGAAAAACAAACAAAAGGUUUCUGUGGUGCAGGAUCACUGCUGCAACGAAUCCCAUAGCAGCAAAUUCAUGACUAGAUUGGGUAUGGAUAGCCACAACAGACUGCAUGGAGCUGGACAGGACAUUCAUACUGCCUCAGGUCUGUCUAGCUCGCUUGCACACUUGUGCCAUGUUGGUCUCAGUUUCAGCAGCUGUUUGGGAUAAAUUCUAAUGACUGGUUAUGAUUUUGAUCUGAACCGCAGCGCUAAAAGGUUGGAAUAGAUUCAAUUUGAGCUUCAAAUUCAAAAUAAUUCACGUGAUAAUUUGCAAAAGUACGAAAGAGAUUGAAAAGUUAACCCCUCCAGAGAUAGUAAAUUAUCCCCACGCAACUCCCAAGAUUCACUUUUAAUAAAUUAUUUCUGAAACCUAAAAAGUCUGAAUUAUAAUCAGUAGGGAUGCACCGAUACUGAUGCCAGUAUAGGGGUAUAAGUCCGAUGCCGUGUCCGAUGUACUCAUACUUGUUGUCAUAAAAUUACUACCACACCCGAUACCACCUCAUAGCAAUGUGACAAUAACUUCUCCGUCAAGCAGGUAUAGGCAACGGAAGAGGAGCAAUGCCAGCCGCUUGGACAUCUUUGGCUGUAAAAAAAUAACUAGGCUCUUGCCCAAUGCAUGAUUCCACUUGACGACCAGCCAUUGUCAGUCGUUAAUAAUACUGGGUUUCAACGUCUUCUCAGUGUACUGGAGCCGAGAGAUUCCCAGCCGUCACCACAUCACAGAAACCGUGUUUCCAAAGCUGCUCUGUGAAAAAGCACAUCAGCAGCCUGUUGCCCGUAAACUUCACCACUGAUAUUUGGAGUAGCGGUGUUAGCCCAAUGUCUCUCAUGAGCUUAACGGGUAUAAACAUGAAGAAAGUGAUUUUUCAAGAUGCUCUGUCUGCAUGCGGUUUCUACACAGCGCUGUUUUAACAACUACAGUGCUACUCUGUAAAUAGCGAUUUUUAUUUUCACAAACAGGCUGAAACGAAAGCUCUCAGUGUGUAGUCUAACUGUUUUAACUGUUGUAGUUUGCCACAAGUCUUUAAAUUUGGACAAAAUCUUGUGAACUUAGCUGCUGGCAUAAACAAACCAUCCUCUCCGCUGGAUCGGUAAAUCCACAUGGGUACUUAACGUGCACGUGAAUGACGUCAUCGGACUUUGCAUUCUUCAUUCUUAGCUGCUAGCUGCCGUCUGGGAUGAAUGAGUGUGU